GCAGACGACCCCCCUUUGGUCCGUGGUGCAACCUCGUAUUCCCGUGAAGAUCUUGGCGGAGCCAAGUGUUCCUGACUCCGGCCUAGAUACGAAUCUCAGGUUAAUUGGUGGGAGCUGUCCUCGCUUCUGGAACCAACAAAGUAUACGUCCGCUUCCGCCGACCGUUUAUCGCACGUCGCGCGUCGAGGAGUUAACGAGAAGGGAGUUGAAUGGAAGGCGUAUUUAAAUGCUGAAUUGUCCUUUGUUCCCCCCGCCUCCGAGCAUAUUGAGAUUCUCAACUAGCCAUGUUCGCCACUUUCACCAGCUCCAUGGAUAGCAGGAGCAAUGCCAGCUCUCCGAUCACAUCAGCGAGACCCAAGAGGACAACGGUCGCCCGAGCCUGUGACUGGUGCCGGCUGAACCGUGUCAAAUGCGAUGAGGGUCAACCUUGCAAGAACUGCCGGACUCGGGGGGUCCGAUGCUGCAAGGAGAGUAAAUCGGCUGAGCAGACCAACCAGUCGGCGGCAGCUACCCCAGGGAAAGAACCGGAGAGACUUCGAUCACGAGGGUCGGAGACGGAGGAUCUAGGGAAUAAGAGGGCCGAGGAACGGGAGAAAGCAGCGACCACUCACCAAAAGUCCCCUGCGAGCGGUUCACGCUGCACCACCUCGUUGCGAUGGCAUUGGCCUGGUGCCUGGAUCUCCGACGCCGUUAAUACGAAUAGUGAGCCGCGGUAUUACGGCCCGAGCUCUUUCCUGCAUUUCGCCGAGCGGCUGCGCAUCUAUCUCCAGGAGUCACUCAGUCAACCACAACUGGGGAAUGCGCUGCAGUCGUUUACCUGCAGCAGUGUCUCGUCAUUGUCCCCCAACGCCGGGGAUGACAUGGACUUUAUGGAAGGCGCUCUGACGCGCCAGCAAGAGGAGUACUUGCUCAGCCUGUUCUGGCAGUCCUACCACACGCUCAUUCCGAUUGUGGACGCGGACGAGUUCUGCGCCCAUUAUCAUUCCCUCUGGGAGGCUGGGCAAGAUUCCACCCGGCGACCAUCCGCUUUGGUGGAUAUCGUCCUAGCGUUGUGCAUGCAAUACAGCGCCGCCCUCAUGGCGUCGGGAGAAAUCGAGCCCAUGGAGCUCGAUUCGAACGACACCAACACCGCGGGCCAUUGGGUAUACCAGAGAUGCCAGCGGCUCCUAUUGAGAGAACAGGACACACUGUCCCUUCGCACGUUGCAAGCUUACAUCCACUCUGCCGUCUAUCUGAUGAAUGCGUCGUGCCUGAACGCGUCGCAUCGAGCCCUCAGUAUUGCCAUACAUACGGCCACUAGCUUAGGACUGCAUCACGAUCCUGAAGCAUAUCCCCGUACUCCUCAGCAAGCUCUCCGACAACGGAUAUGGUUAACGUUAUUCUUUCUGGACUCCAAGCUAAGCCUGGAGCUCGGCCACCCGUACCUGAUGCAGGAAUACGACGUACCGGUCGACCUGCCGCGGUCCCCUGAGUUGCAGGCUAUCGAGGCGAGUCCCUCCAUCUCAACCUUCGGGGAUGUCAAUUGGCUGAGCUACCACCAUGAGUGCGUCAAGUUGACCUCGAAGGUGCGCCACAUCUCCAUCACGGCAUUCCAGACGUGUAGUGAAGCUAUGCCCCGUCACAAUGAGACAUCGAUAUAUCAAGCGACGAGUGUCUUGGACAGCGGUGUUUCCUACCUGCAUAAGUCCAUGGAGGUGCUGCAAACCUGGGCUCAGGAGGUGCCGGUGUCGCUAAAGCUGGCACGCAAGGGCGAUGCGGACCCCUUCUCCACCGCACGCUCUCCACUGGAGAGUGAUGUCUACGCCCCCCUCUGGCUGCAGCGGCAGCGUGUUCUCCUGGAACUGCUCUACCACAACCUGGUCAUGACAUUAUACCGUCCCUAUAUCAAAUUCCCUGAUGCCUCAGCGGGAGCCUCUCCUUCCAUCGGACCCACCGCGGCGCAAACGUCCGAUAGUAGCUCGCUGUGCGCCCUGAAGCACGCCACGGCCACCAUCAAUAUCGUCCACCAGGUACUCACGGAGACCGAUAUUCUUAACUCAUGGCAUCGAGCCUAUCAAUAUACGUGGGAUGCCACCUUGACGAUUCUCGCGUUCCGGUUGUUGCAUCCCACGUGCCCUCACUCCUUCUCAGCUCGGCGAGCGACGGCCAUUGCCAUUGAAACCUUCAAUAUCUUCUCCCGUUAUGGCUUUUCGGCGGCCGCGCAGGCCGUGGAAAUUACCAAGGGGGCGGGUAACACGAUCGAUUUUAUGGUCCAGUCACUGCGCAGUAGUUUCCGACCGAGCCAAGGGCCCACUCCGCGCAGCCAGGACGACGGCCACGAUGUACCCACCCCCCCGCAGUUCUCAUCCUUAUCCGGCCCCUCCCAGAAGCCACCCUUCAUGGUGCCGCAGCUUAUGCAAGGGGCCACUGCCCUGCCGCCGUUCCAGCAGACCCUGGACCUCCUGCCGCAGCCGUUCAGUCUCCCGCAGGGCCACCCCUCCCCAGCAUACUCUAUGAAAUUGCCGGACACUAAUCCUCCCUUUUUCCUGAGUGACACCCCCGCUAUCAUGCCUAUGAAUUCGCCCACGGAUCUGGUGAACGAGAUGAUGGAUCAAUCAUGGGUUCCGAAUGAUUGGUGGCGGGAAUGAUCUCGAGAAACGCGCCGCGAACUAUGAUUCUAACUCGAUGAUACGCGGCGCUCAACAUUGAGGGACGGGGCUGGUGGGACAGGAAUCUUACCGAAACUGACGGAGAUGAUCAUCAGCAGGCUACAGAAAAGAGGAUCCUAGCUUGAAUCAUAUUUAAAGAAAGUCUGGAUCUACGAUACGGGUUGGAUCGGGUGAUUGGCCCAUGGGGCUAAACGUCUUGUGGGUCUCUCUAUAUCUAAAUCCUCCAUCUGGAUGUCACAAAUCUUGUCGGUCGAUCAAUCGUACCUCCCAAAAACCUUUUGCGACUGCUCCAACUCCCGGAAAAUUGUUUGUCUUCUCUCCUCCCCCCGGACAGUAAUGAGUGCAUCGUAAUCCUUUACGCAGUGCAUAAAUCCCUGACUGCUACCGGUCUCCGCACUCACGUCACUUCUACCGGCCGGAUUCUUCUUGAACUCGAACGCCCAUAGCAGCUUCGCCA